UUCAUAUUGAAAUCCCUGGAAAAAUACAAAAUAAAAAUAAUUCAAAUUAUAUUAAAAAAAAAGUGUUAACAACUAUAACAAGAAAACUUCUUCUAAACAUAUUGCAAAAGGUUUCAAAGCUGUUGAAAAUAAAUAUAUAUAUUGCACUACACUGAAAGAAAUAAAAUGUCUAUAUAUUUAUAUUGAAAAAAAAAAAAUAUUUAAAAAAUAUUUGUAAAAAUUUGAAAAAAUCAAAGUGUUUAUUUACAAAUAUAUAUUAAUACUUUAAAAAAUCAAGAUUUAACAAAUAAAUGCUGCUCUUCAUACAAACAUAUAAAAAAACAUUCAACACCUAGAGCCAAUUUAUAGGAAAAUGGGAUUAUAUUUUGUCAUACCUCCGGCUAUGAACAUCAUCAUCACUAUGGAUUCUUUAUUCAAGCACCACAAAUAAUGGCAAAUCUCAUAUGAACUACAAUAAAAGUUGAUAUAUUGUGUGGAAAUUUAUGAAAAAUCAUUAACAAAAUAAAAAAAAAAAAAUCUUGUUGUGUUCGUCUAUAACUUAAACGCGUUUUGUUCGUUCAUUUUUCGGUUCGGUUCAUAAUUUCCGUUUCCGUUUUUUUUUUGUUAUUUGAAAAAAUACACACACGCACACACACAUCGCUAUACCAGAUACGAGUAAUCGAGCAGUAGACGUGUAGCAGCAGCAUCAACAGCAAGCAGAAGGGCUUAUCUAACGCUGCUGCUAAACAGAUGAGCCCCAACAUCCCAUGUCCAUUGUUGCAGCCGAAAAUGCAGGGCUUGGCCCAUGUGACUUACCAGAGCAUUGGGCAACAUCGUCAACAGCAUCCAACGCAUCUAGAACAGCAGCCACCUCUCCAGCUACAUUGGCAACAACAGCAACAGAUUGCCUCAACAAUAGCAGCAGCAGCAACAGCAGCAACCACAGCCGUAUCACCAACAUCAACAUUGCAAAUUCGUUUGCCUCUGGGGCGAUUUCAACAGCAAUUGCUUCGAAUACCAACAACAACAGCAGCAGCAGCAGCAGCCAGAGCACUGCUUCCACAGCAGCAGCGACAGCAACAACGACGACCUCAACGGGGCCGACAGGAGGUGGAGGAGGCGGCGGCGGUGGAGGAGGUAUUAGCGGCAGCAGCAGUGGUAGUGGUGGUAGACAAGGUCCUGCGAGCCUUAAAAAUAUUUGCAAUCUGCCGCGUUCCUCACCCACAGCAGCAACAGCUGCUGUAACUGUCUCCAACGCUGGCUCGACGGCAGCAAUAUCAGCAUCUACAGCCACGGAUUUAAAUAACCGUGUCUCACCAAAUACAGCUGCUGCCGCAAAUUUAUUAUUCGCCCGCAUAUCUGCUUUGCAGCAGCAGCAGCAACAUCAUCAACUUCAACAGCAGCAGCAGCAACAACAUCUUCAUCAUCAUCAGCAGCAGCAGCAGCAACAGCAACAUCAUUUAUUUCUUUCCCAUCAAAACGCGAAUAGUUUGUUAAGCACCAACAACAACAAUACUACAUUGUUAACUUCAAAUCUACAACAACACCAACAGCAGCAGCAUCAGCUGACGCAAGCGUCACUGCAGAAAGCUGCUGCCACAGCGGCCAAUUUUGUUGCUGCUCUACAGCGUCCUGCCAUUAUGAAUGCGGUGGCAUCGCCGAUCUCAACCAAUUCAACGACGUCGUCGAAUCGUAAGAUACGCAGGAAAACCGAUUCUAAAGCUAAUUUGCCUCAAUCCCAGAUCAACAAAUGCAACAAUGAGAAACGACGUCGUGAAUUGGAAAAUAAUUAUAUUGAGCAACUCUCAGAGUUUUUACAGCUUAACAAGCGCGGUGAUAUGACCUCAACCAAACCGGAUAAGGCGGCUAUACUAAAUCAAGUUGUAAAAACGUAUCGUGAUAUUUGUGACAAAGGCCAAAGUCGUGAUAUAUCCUCCUCAACGCCAGCUACCACCACAUCAGCCACAACAACAUCGUCGUUGUCGUCAUCGUCUUCUAACACUUCUGCCACAGCCACUGCAACUAGUACGAACAACAAUACCCCUAAUAGCAACAACAACAACAACCAAACAACCUCAACCCGUUGCAGUCGUUGUGCCACCGAUAAUUGUUCAAUACAUCCGGUACAACAGGGUGAAGUCUCCUCCACAGAACCACCACUGCCCGAACCCUCACUGCUGAAUGGACAAGUGCCUGAGAUAUCGGCGUAUUUUGAAGCUUUAGAGCAUUACAUCUCAUCUGUGGGCUGGGUAUUGCUGCAGGUGAAUGCCGAGGGCAUUAUAGAGUCCUGUACUCAGAAUAUACGCGAAUUGAUUGGUUAUGAGAAGCAAGAGCUAUAUCGUCGACCAUUGUAUAUGUACCUGUACCCGGGCGAUCAUGCCAAAUUGGAUCCCAUCAUAAAUAAUAUGUCAACAACCUUUGGUGCGACUAGCGUUGGUGGCAACACUGGCAGUGGUGGUGGUGGUGGGAACAGCAGUUCGGCCAGCAGUGCCGGUGGCAGCAUGCACGAUUUGAACUCCGGCUGGGGUUUGGGUGAUGCAGACGAUCACAAUGGUAGUGGGGGAGUCGGCGGCAGCGUUGGAGGCAAAGCGAAACGCAGCAUUUCAACAAAAGUCCGCAUGUUAGUCAAGGAUAUGCGUUCGUCAACACAAACCUCAGGUUCUUCAACAACGACCACAAAUAAUGAUAGUAAUUCUAUGGACCAAAAACCCAAAUAUGAGGAGGUAGUCUUAAUAGCGGCACCGGUUAAAGACGAUGCUGAAUCGGCCUCCUCUGUUCUUUGCCUCAUCACUCGACCCGAGGAUGAGUCGCCGCUGGAAAUGAAUAUCCAACAACAUGUGCAGCAUCCUACCAUUGAACAGGUCACCUUCAAGCUUGAUAUUCACGGCAAAAUUAUCACCCUCGAUGCCACUACCCUAAGGGAGCCCUAUAAGAAGCAUUUGAACCAAUGGAUGGGUCGCCUGCUGCACGAUAUCUGCCAUCCUCAGGAUUUGUCAGCUUUAAAGUCACAUCUCUGCGAUGUGCAGAAUUCUGCAGCCAGCGUUAAUGCCAUCAAUGCCUCACAAUCGCCCAGCAGCGCUGUGGGCAUUAACCCGCCCAUAUCCAAUGUUAUAUCGAAGCCCUUUCGCCUGUGUCUGGGUACGCCGGAUGUCUAUGUCCAUGUUAAGGCCAAUUCGAGACUGUUUAUCAAUCACACUCCUGGAGAGAGUGAUUUCAUAAUGUCCGUGCAGACUUUGUUGAAUGCCGAAAAUGAUAUGAACAGCAACAAUACCAGCAUGCUAAGCGGCAAUGGGGGUCUCUUGACCACAGGCAUGUCGGCCAUGUCACCAGGCUCCUCUUUGGUAUCAUCAUUGGUGUCCAAUUUGUCCAUGGAUUCGUUGGUCAACAAUAAUUCGGUAUCAUCGCCUCUGGUAAAUGUCUCCGCGCUGGGUGGUUUGGUGGGCGGAGGAGGCGGUGGCAUGCCCCAGCACUCGACGCAGACAAUAAGCGUGGGUGGGCCGCUAAUGACAUCGGCUGUCAUCAAUGGCAACGGCGGUGGCGGUUCGGGUCCCAAUGGCUCGGGCAUGGGCUCGCAGAGAACAACUUCCUCAACAGCUACUACCUCGGGCGUUGCCUCCAACAAUGCAUCAUCGAUAGUUAACUCCUUUACCGCCUCUCCUGCUGGUCACGAAGGUCCUUCGUUUUACAGCAACGAAUUUGAUUUCGACUUGCGACAUUCCUCAUUUGAGAUUGAUCCUUCCGUGUCGGCAUGGAAUGAUUCAAGACCAAAUUCUCGAGCCUCUGUAACAACGCCUGUGAGUACGCCAAGACCGCCGUCGGCGGGUCAUGGUUUUAGUCCUGCCAUUUGUCCCUCGCCCUCAACACCGUAUCAGCUAUCAUCUCAUUCGGCUGCUAGUUUACCCUCGCCUCAAUCGAAUGCCAGUCAAUCGGGUGGCGGAGGAGGUGGACCAUUUGGCGCCUUCAGUUUUCAUUCCUUUGAUAGUAGUAGUGAGAAGUUGGACAAGGAUCAUAUGAAUAAUAACAACAACAAUAAUAACAACAAUAAUAAUAGCAACAACAACACCAAUAGUAACACGAACAUGGCGGGAAAUCUCCCCAAUGGAGGUGGCGGUGUUAGUGGUGCUGGAAGUGCAGGCCAAAAUAAUAUGAUGAUGGGUGUUGGGGGAGCCGGAGGAGGAGGAGUAGGAGGAGGCUCUGGUAAUGGAGGCCCUGCCGGCAUGGGUCUAAAUCCCCAGCAACAACAACAGCAACAGCAGCAGCAACAACAAAGUCAGCAGUCUCAAAAUACCCCUCAACACCAUCCACCCACAGAAUCGGAACGCCUAAGAAAUUUACUUACCAACAAAGCGCAUUCAUCAGCUUCAUCUUUGCAUGGUGGUGAUAGCGAUGACAAGGAUAAUUUGAUGAAGGUAAGGAAGAAAGAAUUUUACAAGCAAGAGGAUGAUAAGGAAGGAUUACAGGCCAGCCUAGGUGGCAUGUUCAAAAUGGGCCCCGGUUCUGCUGGCAUGGGAACUUCACGCAUGUUUGGCCCAGGCGGUAUGCAGAAGCAGGCCAAUUCUAGUAAUCCCAUGUUAUUAUCGUUACUCAAAUCUGAAGACGAUGAGAACAACAAGGGCAUGUCCUCAAUGAGCCGUUCUGGUGAUAUGGUGCGCAUCAAAGAUGAACCCCAAGAUCUAAGACGCAUACUCAAACAUCAAGGUGAUCCGGCUAUGACACGUAAACGUUCGCUUAAUGAUCCCGAUGAUGGUCUGUCGGCCAAGAGAUCCGAUGAUCGCCCCUCAAAACUGUGUGAGAGUAAUAAAAUGCUUGCACGUCUCUUAAGUAAUCCGCCAAAGAAUAUUACCAUGAAUAUACCGCCUGUCAUCAAGACCAUACCCGACAAGGUGCCCAGCAGUGUGGGGAGAGUUACCUCCUCGCUGGGUGGUGGCGCAACAGCGACCAUGGGUUUGAUGCCGGGCAAAAGUUCAACCAUAACAACAAUGGCCAGCAGUGGUGUGGGUGGUGGUGGGCCGGGACGAGGAAGAAGUCUUAAGCAACAGCAGCAGCAGCAGCAACAGCAACAGCAACAACAGCCUUCCGAUGUCUACCUCAGUCAACAGCAACAACAACAACAACAGCAGCAGCAGCAGCAACAACAACAACAACAGGGUCUGGAGUCCCCUGUGAUGGGCUCGAAUUUACAACGCCUCUCACAGCAAUCUCAUUCUCAGCAAGGAGGUCAAAUGGAUUUCUCGUCAUCUACAACGGGAGACAAUCCUUUUGCCAUGCCGCCCCUAAGCACAGCUCCUUCAACAACAACAGCUACCUCAAAUUCUAGUGCAACCACGGGUACCUCCUCCAACACAUCCACCUCGGCUAUGCUGGUGGAUGGCGAUCAGGAAUUAUCCAAGAUACUGGAUAGCGUUAUGGACUAUGUGCCUGAUGAUCCGGGUCUAACAGCGCAACAGAUCAAUGAGCGUUUGGCCAUUAGCGAGAUACAAAAAUCCUUGAUGGUGGAAUCCUCUGCAUUUAGAUCGGGGCCCAUGACAAUGGCCGCUGCCCAGACAACCCAACAAAUGUUGCAACAGCAACUGCAGCAGCAUCAACAGCAACAACAACAACAACAACAGCAGCAGCAGCAACAACAACAGCAGCAAAUGCAACAGCAACAACAUCAUUCACAACUACAACCGCCUGCCUAUCCCGGAAGUAUGCUAGCAGGUUUGGGUGGUGGCGGUAGUGGUGGCAAUUUGACGGCGCAGCAACAGGCCAUGCAUAUGCAAGUCCUUGAAAAUAUGAGAGCUAAUCAAAAUUUCCAAAGACCACCACCCAACUAUCCUACUAGGGGGCGAGCGCCCAUGAAUGCGGUAGCCACACCGGGUGGCGGUGUAAUGCCAACAUUGGCCCAGCAACGCUAUCGUCCCUUUCCGCAUCAGCAGAUAGCACAGCAUAAGGAGCGUUUGUUGCAACAGCAACAGAAGCAGCGUAUGCUGGUGCCGGAAAAUGCAACGGCGCGUAAUGACCAGUUGUGUCUCAAUCCUGGCCUCAACAAUAUAAGUACCUUGCUCAAUACCGUGGCACCCAAUGUCACCCUAUCACGCACAAACAUGCCUCCCGACUCGCAAUUAAGUCCGAAUUUUGCCCAAACCAUGCUGCAGCAACAAUUGAGUCCUGGUCAGCGUAAUGCUCCCUUUAGUCCUCAAUCUAAUCCUGGCUAUGGACCUCAAUAUGCCCAAACCGGUCAACGUUUGUCACCCCAACAACAGCAGCAAUUGUCUCAACAGGCUUCAGUGCAGCAACAGCAUCAACAAAUGGCCGCAUUUCAGGGAGCCAGUGCUGCCCAGCUAUCACCGCGUCAGCCGCAUUUUGGGGCGGGAGGUCCAAAUACACCGGGUAGUGCGGGUAUACCUUCACCAGGCUUGAAUCCCAAUGCUGCAGCGCAACAAUGGGGUCAGGCUGCGGGGGCAGGAGUAGGCGUUGGCGUUGGCGUGGUAGCAGGAGGAGGACCAACUACACCACAACAAAGAGGGCAUUCAUUACAACAACAUAAUCCCAUGUUGAGUGCACAAUUACAGGGAGUUAGUCCUUACAAUGCUAGACAAUACCAACAACAACAACGAGGACGAGGCUUGAAUUCACCCAGCGGCGCUGGGCCCCAAGGCACUGGUCCCGGCGGUGGUGGACCACAGGUUCCCUCUGCAGCCGGCCUCCAGCGUCAGAAUUCAUUUCAAACCAACGAUAGCGGUUUUACACCCACACCCAAUUCACCAUCGCCUCAGUCUCCCUAUGGAGCUGGCAAUGUAUUCCAACAACAGCAGCAACAAAACCAGCAACAACAGAUGCAACGUAUGCAGCGACAAGCCAGUAUACCACAAGCCACACAACAUCUGCCAGGAUCACCACGAUCAUUUGGCAAUUUAAACAACAACAACAACCAUAGUCACAACAGCAACAACAACAAUAACAAUAAUAGCAACAACAAUCAUCAACACCAUCAAUCACAACACCAUCACCACCAUUCACAUCAACAGCAACAGCAGCAACAACAUCUCAGUUCUCAACUUCACUCUCAUUCGAAUGUCAAUUCCGCUACAUCCCUGGGCCGUAGCCAUCAUGACAAUGCCAGUGGUUCGGUGGUGGGCCUUUUAAAUGGUCUGGGAGUGGGUCACUCCAAUAUGAAUGGUUUCACCACUAACAAUUCGGCUGGAGGUGGUAGUGGUGGUGGUGUUGUUGGGGCCAUGAUGUUCAAUAAUCUUCAUGCAACGUCUACUAACAAUCACAGUAAUACCAACAACAGUCAGACGGCUAUACAAACAUCCUCGUCAUCCACAUCCGUAUCCGCUUCAUCAUCAACAUCAUGCUCGUUGUCGACAGCGAAUGAUUUUUAUGGUCGCAACUCACAGACGACCGCUGGAAAUCCCGCCUCUUCAGAUUAUGUUAAGCAAGAACUGCGAGCUGUGGUCAGUGGUCGUUCGACUGCAAAAUCCGGCGGUGGCAAUGGUGUACCCGGCGGUGGUGGUAAUGGACCCGGUGGUGGCGGUGUUGUUCCUGCUGGUAUGCCCGGUGGCUUGCGGGUGGGCACACCCCAAAGUCCCUUGGGUCCUCAGUCGGCGCAAGGAUCUAUGCAGCACGGUACGAACAAUACAAAUCCUAUGGUCAUGGCGGCUGCCCAACAACAACAACAACAGGCACAGACUCCCAACAGUGCUGGUGGCAGUGGACCAAAUGUUGGCUCCGGCAGUGGCGGUGUUGUAGGCAGUAGUAGUACAGGCAAUGUGAAUGCCAUGCUACAUUCAUCCCCGGAUCCGACAAUGGGUUUUAGUUUUGAUACACAAGACUUUUUUAGUAGCAGUAGUACAAGGUGACCCUAAAAUGUGUUCUUAAACUGAAAGGAAUCAUGCCCGAAACCGCUAAUCAAUCAACACAUUGAAACCUAAAUGCCGAAAAAACGCUAACGCAACAAUAUUUCUCUACACACAUAAUAAUAGAAAAAAAAACAAACCUCUCCCUCAAUUCCUGCCCCGAGAAAUGCUGAAAAACUUCUUUCCUUCCAUGAAAGAGAGCCAUUUUGAAGAGAUGUUUCCGGAAACCAACACUGCAGCAUAUAUACACACAUAUAUAUAUAUAUAUAAAAAAAACUGAUAAAAUUACAUACAUCCAUUAUAACAAGACAACCACAACCACAAACACAGACAUCAACUACUACAAACUACUACGUAACAUUUAGGUGCAAUAGUCUGUUCUUUUUUUUUUUGUUUUUUUUUUACAUAUACAAAAUAAACAAAAACCAUUAUUUAACUAUAGGACAUAUACAUAGUAUAUUAAAAAAAGAAAAACAAAACAAAAUGAAAAAUUUAUAGAAAAUGAAUUGAGGAAAAUGAAAAAAAAAUAAAUCACCCACACACACUUACAUACAUACAUACAGUUACACAGCGUAAGCAUUUAUUUAAAAAAUAAAUUAAGCAAAUUCUAGCUGAAGAAAACAAAAAACACAA